AGCAACCAGUCCAGCCUCAGCAACCAGUCCAGCCUCAGCAAACAGUUCAGUCUCAGCAACCAGCACAGUUUCAGCAACCAGUCCCGCCUCAGCAACCAGUCCAGCCUCAGCAACCAGUCCCGCCUCAGCAACCAGUCCAGCCUCAGCUACCAGUCCAGCCUCAUCAACCAGUCCAGCCUCAGCAACCAGUCCAGCAUCAGCAACCAGUCCAGCCUCAGCAACCAUUCCAGCCUCAGCAACCAGUCCAGCCUCAGCAACCAGUCCAACCUCAGCAACCAGUCCAGCCUCAGCAACCAUUCCAGCCUCAGCAUCCAGUCCAGCCUCAGCAACCAGUCCAGCCUCAGCAACCAGUCCAGCCUCAGCAACCAGUCCAGCCUCAGCAACCAUUCCAGCCUCAGCAACCAGUCCAGCCUCAGCAACCAGUCCAGCCUCAGCUACCAGUCCAGCCUCAGCAACCAGUCCAGCCUCAGCAACCAGUCCAGCCUCAGCAACCAGUCCAGCAUCAGCAACCAGUCCAGCCUCAGCAACCAGUCCAGCCUCAGCAACCAUUCCAGCCUCAGCAUCCAGUCCAGCCUCAGCAACCAGUCCAGUCUCAGCAACCAGUCCAGCCAAAGCAACCAGUCCUUCCUCAGCAACCAGUCCAGCCUCAGCAACCAGUUCAUCAUCAGCAACCAGUUCAGCCUCAGCAGCCCAUCCAGCCUCAGCAACCAGUCAAGCCUCAGCAACCAGUACAGCCUCAGCAGGAAUCUGUUCAGCCUGAGCAUUCAAAAUUGUCUUCAGAAGAGCACGCUCAACCUCCCCCUCAACCAUGGAGCUUCCACCACGACCAGUCCCAUGCCCAGGUUCACCAGCCUCAUGAUGCCCAGACGCCAAUUCGAUACCCUGUAUUCCCCCAGUCUCCUCAAUUAACUCCAGAGACUUGGAGUCUUCCACCAAAAUGGCAUCCUCAGCUUCAAAUACCCUCUGCCUUCUUCAAUGAGCUG